AUAAGCUUGAGUAUGGAUUACUAGUUACAACAGGACGUACAUUCUAGCCUGAAACUUUAUUGUCACACUGUUUGGGAAGCUGUUUGUGAGGAUCAUGUUGGGAAAGUUAAGAGCAUUGUCUUUGCUGUACAUUGUCUGCUGCGUCUUCAAACUAACAACAGCCCAGUGUGACGGUGGCCCUCCCCUAACCCUGACGGAACAGGGUCCCCGUGAAUUCACCACUCCAAACUUCCCAGAUGGCUCAUAUCCCAGAAAUACUCGGUGCAGCUGGCUCAUCCAGGUCACAAGUGGGACUUUAGAGCUGCAGUUUCCUGACUUUAACUUGCCAGAUGAGUUUGUGUUCGGUCUGUGUGGGUUUACCAAAGUAGAGGUGUACGACGGUUCUACUACGUCGUCACCUCUGCUUGGCACGUACUGCACGAACACCCCUCCCCCUGUUUUCACGUCUUCUAGCGGAAUCUCCAUGUUGAUCUCUUUUACCGGAGGGUCGUUUCCAACAAGAGGCCAGGGAUUCCGAGCUACGUUUACAAUUGCAGGAGGUAACGCAGGGACAGCCGCAAUCCCGCUGCUAGGUAGCACCACAGCCGUAAACAUGACUACAUCACCCCUAAUAACAACUAUUCCACCAACAACCUCAACUUCUUCCAUCGCUACUUUGAUCUCCGGGUCCCUGCAUUCCUCGACCCUCCUUAGCUCUACAGGCCAGAGGUGGAUUAUGACGUGUGACGGUGGCCCUCCCCUAACCCUGGCGGAACAGGGUGUUCAAGAGUUCACUACUCCAAACUUCCCAGACGGCAGAUAUCCCAGAGAUGCCCAGUGCAGCUGGCUCAUCCAAGUCACAAGAGGUAACGUAGGGACCACAACACCACUGCUGCCAGACAGCACCACAGCCGCACAUAUGAUUACAUCACCCCUAGUCACAACUAUCCCACCAACCACCCCAACUUCUUCCACCGCUGCCUCUACAACCCCGGGCCAGACGUCCUCUGAAGCACCUACCACCUCAGUACCAGAGACUACCACAACGACAACUUUUACCACAACAGAACUGACAACUACGACUCCAGAACCUACAACAGACUCUUCUACAACGAUAGGAACUACUCAACCAGUGUAUACAACCACGACGCAACUAACUGACCCUCCCAGCACAACAUUACAGCAAGAUACAACCACGCCUCCACCUACAAACUCUAGCCCACAGGAUACGACGGCUCUACCCACCACUACUACUCACAGGACAACUUCUAGUCCUCAAGAUACAACAAGCGAGACACCACCAUUGCCAUCUCAAACCCCUACGCAGCGAACCAGCGCUCCCAGCACAACAGUACAGGAAGACACCCCCACACCCCCACCAACAAACUCAAGCCCACAGGAUACCACUGCUCAGGCCACCACUUCUACUCAAAAGACAACUUCUAGUCGCCAAGAUACCACAAAUGAGAUGAGAUCAACACCAUCUCAAACAGGUUUUGCUGUAACAACAAGUAAAACCACGCCAGACAAGUUUGAAACCGGACAGCCCUUCAAUGUGUCCACUAUCGCCAUCAGUACUGUUAACUCAGUGACCGAGACCAUGAGACCGAUCACAAAAUCAACGAGACACCCGGACAACAAACCGGUAACGACAGGGACACCUGGGGACAACGAUGAACAAGGUGGCGACGGUGGACUGACGGAAGACCAGAUGAUCAUGUAUGCAGCGAUAGGGGGCGCUUUGUCUGGACUGCUCUUUGUCGGAGUGGUCGCUGCCGUCUACUUCUGCAAAAGACAAAGACAUGGCAGGUUCGACAGAAUGUCAGACUUGGAUGCUAACGGUAGGUACAACCCUGCCUACCUGGAAGCGAGCCGUCCCGACAGCGCCUACCAGUCUCUCCAGGGCUCCCUCCAGGGCUCCCGGGAACCUUCCGUGGACUCUCAACAGGACAUGGAGAUGGAUGUUAAACUUUAGACGGGUAGCCAUCGACGUACACAAACGUGUCAACCUCACGUGCAGUGAAGAGACUCACGUCGUGUAAAUAUUCACCUACGGUAUACCAGAAGUAUAGCUCGCUUUCCUUAGAGUUUAGACUUUGUUGUCAAUAUGACCGUAGAGAUAUACUCAUUUAUAUGCAGAGAAAUGCAGAGAAUUAACAGAUAUUGUUCUUUUGGCUAUAUUUUACGCGUUACUACAAAUUAAAAGCUACAGCAUCAUUAAACCGUAGGUUUGGUUCCAGAAGUCUCAUCCAGUCUUGUAU